ACAUACGUCAGAGCUAGUGAUGUCAAUCUCAAUCAGCCUCAAUUAAGGACGAUCGAAGAAUUCAUUGAUAAGCAAGCCGAUAUCAUAUUCUACGAUCGCUUCUAUAACUGGGAAGUGAUGGCUGGUUCCUAUUUAGCAAGAAAUACAGACUGGACAAGGAAUUUCAUCAGAGCUUCGAAUGCUCUCAUGAUGCAAAUAGUUGACAACCCAGCACAUACGUCAGAGCUAGUGAUGACGAUCGAAGAAUUCAUUGAUAAGCAAGCCGAUAUCAUAUUCUACGAUCGCUUCUAUAACUGGGAAGUGAUGGCUGGUUCCUAUUUAGCAAGAAAUACAGACUGGACAAGGAAUUUCAUCAGAGGUUUUGCCGACUACGAGUUCCGAUUACCGAGGAGUUUUCAUGGAACUGACAAUGGAGCGAUCCAUGUGGGUAGGCUACUCUUCCGCAAAAGAUUACUGCAUGUCUCGCUCAGGUAG